UUUGGAGCUUAGCAUGUGCCCGUGGGACACAUAAAAAAAACCGUUAAUACUUUACCAUAAAAUUUCCGAUACACAGGUAUCAAAUUUCAUUGAUUCUAACAUUUUCUUGACAAAUUUGUUGUCCAAACAAUUAGACUUAUUUACGCCCCAUCCCCCGAUCAAGAAUCAGAUACUACUCAAACAACGAUGCUGAGAUUUGUGAGAAGAGGAAACAAGAGUUUAAGCCAUCUAACAACUGGACUUACCCAGAUCCAAAAGAGAUGGAACACUGUACUCUCCUUUGGAGACGGAAGCAAUGGUGCUCUGGGCCUGCCCACCUCUGUUUCUGUAAUGGGCUCUGAUGCUUAUGAGCCCACUCCUGUCCCUGGACUUCCCUCCGAUGUCUCCGCCGUUGCCGCCGGUCAUUACCACUCUCUGGCGGUGACUUCUCGGGGUCAGCUCUGGGCUUGGGGUAGAAACAAUGAGGCCCAGCUCGGUCGUGGUUUCAACUCUCCUAGGGAAACAUGGUAUGAACCAAAACGGGUAGAAGAGUUGGAUCAAGUAGUUGUACAAUAUGCAUUUGCGUCAGGAGUCAUAUCUGCAGCCAUCGGUGUAGAUGGAUCCUUGUGGGUCUGGGGAAAAUCCAAGCGUGGGCAACUAGGUCUUGGAAAAGGAGUCACGGAGGCUGUUAUACCUUCCAGAGUUGAAGUACUCGCUGGAGAAGAAAUAGCUAAGGUCUCACUUGGUUGGGGACAUGCUCUUGCAUUGACCAAGGAUGGAAAACUGUUUGGGUGGGGCUAUUCAGCGGAUGGUAGAUUGGGAAGGAUUGGAGAUACCGAGGAAUCUCCUCUGGAAUCAAGAGCUGGUAUGUUAAAUCUUACAGAAGGGAACAAAAGUUCAACCCUAGAAACUGCUGAGAAUUUGGUCUUAGAAGCAAUGGAGAAGGAGAAAGAUAUGCCUAUUAUAUGGGAACCCUGCUUGAUAGAAGAGCUUCGUGGUAUUGAAGUCACAGACGUGGCAUGUGGGCUGGACCAUUCUCUAAUUCUUUGCAAUGAUGGCACACUAUUGAGUAGUGGAAGCAAUAUUUAUGGCCAAUUGGGAAGGUGUAGACAAGAUUUGGGUUUGUUGCCGGUCGACAUGAACUUCCAUCCUAUUUCAGUGGCAUCUGGCCUCGGACAUUCUUUGGCAAUAUGCAAGAAUCUAUCAGAAGAGAAGGCAAAUGUUGCCACGCAUGUUGUAUCUUGGGGAUGGAACGCGAGUUCUCAGCUUGGAAGGGAAGGUCCAGAGAAUCUCCCUGAAAUUAUUGAAGCUUUAGCAGAAGAAACUCCAGUUUCAGUUUCAGGAGGUCGGGUGCAUUCCGUUGCUCUUACAUCCAAGGGAGAGGUGUGGGUUUGGGGUUGUGGUAGAAAUGGGAGGCUUGGGUUAGGAAGCUCAACUGAUGAAGCUGAACCUGUGUUGCUUGAUAAUCUAGAAGACAUGAAUGUUUUGCAAGCCGUGUCAGGUUUUGAUCAUAAUCUUGUACUAGCAAGUGAAUAAUGAAGUUUAACAUAAUUCCAUGGAUCUUGUCUAUAAUAUUCUCCAUUUGCUUCUUU